UGGAGAACGAAUUACUCAUUUAAACGCCUUUUAUUUUCAGAUUUUCGGUCAAGUGACGUUGACAUUUCGCUACGGCAGGGAGGAUGAAGAAGUGAUGGGAUUGAAAUUCUGCAACGAGGCUAUAAUGUGUCUUGCACAACUAUAUCCACCGCAUGAGCGAGCACCCAACGAGCCAAAUACUCCUCUCCAGGACGCUCUUAUUAAAAGACUGGGACCAAACGCACAUCCUUUUACGAUGGAGGUGACACACCUAGCGCCGCCGAGCGUCCAGCUGGUGCCAGCCAAGAAAUACAGCGGUGCUCCGAUCGGAACGAGCUACGAUGUCAGAGCCUACGCCGCCGAACGAGCAGACGAAAAGACGCAUCGAAGGAGCACGGUGCGAAUGGGGAUCCGCGUCGUCCAGUUAAACGGUACAGUAGCCAAACCGGGACCGGAAGCCGUCAUCCCACCACACGCCACAGUGGAAAAACCGUUCCUCCUAAGCGACGGUAAAGUCGAGCUGGAAGCCUCCUUAGACAAAGGACUUUACUGUCACGGCGACCCGAUUGUGGUCAACAUGGCUGUCCACAACAACUCGAGCAAAACCGUCCGAAGGAUCAAGGUUUUCAUAGUACAACAUGUUGACGUGUGUAUGUUUUCGAAUGGAAAAUUUAAAAAUGUCGUGGCCAUGAUAAAUAACAAAGAACAGUGCCCGCUUGGGCCGGGAGUGAGCUUGAAACGGUCUUACACGCUUAAUCCUGCCAAAGGGGCGACAAAGAACUGGAUCGCUCUCGAAGACUCGUAUAGCAAAUCCAACUCUUCCUUGGCAUCGACUGUCGUCUGCCACUCCCAAGAGGAAAGGAACGUUUUUGCGAUUUAUGUGUCUUAUUAUGUAAAGGUGAAGGUGUUUUUGGGCCCGAUGGGAGGAGAGUUGUCUCUGAAGCUUCCGUUCACCCUCAUGCAUUCACCAUCGGAGCAGGACCCGACGACAACGGAAGUCACCGUGAACACCGAAUCGGCACCGGCCCCGAACAAGGAAGACAAACCGGAAACGCAAGAAUUGGAAGAGAGUAAGCCGAAUUUAGACGACAUCAACACCUGAGGGUCGCUUAACCGGAUCGACAUAGAGCAAACCCCAUCUCAGACACAACCGGCACAGCCAACAAAAAGAGGGAGCAUCGUGAACGAACUCCGCCUCCAUAGGGCUUUCUGCUGUUUUGCUAUCAGACAGUCCUCUCAGUGACACCGGAGGAGGGCCUAGGACAUUGCUACUCAUUCUCGCACAUCGAUCUGGUUCAAGCUGUCAAUUCUAUGUAUAAUAAUAUGGUUAAAUAAAAUUUAAAAAAAGACAAAGAAACAGAGAGGCACAUGUCCUUCAACAUUUUGGCGGAUAAUUCACGAUUGUAAAUAUGUUCUAUAUGUAAAAAAAGUAACAAGAAACAGUUUGUACACUAUUACCAUAAUUAUAUAUGAUAAGAUAAAAAUAAUAAGUAUAACAAAUCUUAUAGUUACUAAAACAACAAUACCUAGUGUUUUAUCACUUCUGAAGCAAAUACAUAACACCAUUGUUAAUUAAAAUGGCGAAUCAAAGACUCAAAUGUUAUAAAGUAAAAUUUAACAAAAAGAAAAGACAAUUUUUAUUUAUUUAUUAAAACAAAUAUAGAAUAAUUGAAAUUUAGAUUUCAUCAAAUAUAUCAACUAGUCAAUUUGGU